UUCUUAUCUAUUCUGAACUGCUCGUCCUCAAAUACUAUAAAAAGGAUCAAAGGGUCUCAUCCAACAAACUCAAUUUUUUUUUUUCUCCCUUUUCUUGUUCAACUUGACUAUAGAGCCUGAUUAGUGUUUAUUUGUCAUUGUCUUACGAUCCGCUAUCAAAUCUCCAUUUCGUGUGUGCUCUCUCUCGCUUUCUCCUUUUUAGUCAUUGUCUUCUUUCCGUGGCCACCUCUGCCCUGGAGCAACUAGCGCGUGUCUUUACAGCAAAAUAUUAUAUAAAUUGAAUACCAUCGCCCACACUUCAACCACUCCUAUUCCAUUCAUUUCACCACAUCUUUCAUUUUGAUCAAUGGCAUAUCCCAUCCUGCCCACCAAUACUAUGGGUUCUUAUUUUGAUCUCGUUAAACCCAUUAGUAUUCCGAUCGCUACCUCUUUCCAUCGUGAGCCAGAAGUCACUGAUGGUAUUCUACACGACCAAGACGCUGAUGGAGAUGAUGCGACUUAUCUCCCAGAAUAUCUACAGUCAUUCCAUGAUUCUGGCGUAAGUGAUGCCAGACUUAAGCGUUUCAAUUGGUUGCAUCCCAAAAACUACAGUGGUGAGGGAUCUCUUAGUGACGAUCUUAUGUUGUCGUCUUACGGAACAAGUGUUUCCUCUCCUCGUGGCGACGCAUGGGAGAUUGUAGAUCAUGGUCCAGGAAAGAGCAUUGACGAGCUUUGGGAUGAAGUCUUUGAAUAUCAGCAGCGGAUAAAGCUACUUGAGCAAAUUCAUCGUGUACAAGCCGCAGCCGCGGCACAAGCACAGCAUCCUGAUUCGGUCCAAAAAGCUGAACAACAACAACAACAAGAAGAAGAAAAACUGCGGCCUCGCUACCCACGACGAAUUAGCGUUGGCGAAUCCCCAUGGCGCGAAUACAGUACUGGGUCCGAGACAUGUUAUUCUCCUUCAUUCAUGACCAUUUCUGUCGUGUCAAUGUCGACAGCCUCUGUUGCGUCAUCUGUAGAUGAUAGGGGUUCAUCUGCAUUAGCACUGGUGGCAUUUCCCAAGACUAUGGCCACAAUCAAAGAAACUCCAAUGAUGAUUUCAUCAGGGACAGUAACGCAGAUUGAUAAGACCGCCGUGCUUGCUUCAAGGAAAGGUAUCCGAUCCGAGCGCGGUUCCGCGUUGAGAUUACUUCAUUCGGCUUUAAGGACCCUUACGAAGCACUAUUAGCUAUUGUUUCAAACACCCGAUUCAUAUUCUCACAUACGGAUUUAUUUGUAAUUCUGAAGUUAUUCCACAUGCGCACCUUUUUUUUU